CCGAGCCCAAGCGCUGGGGGGCUGGACAGCGCCGAGCACCGCCUGUUUGACGGUUGUGGGGAGGUCCGGUGCCCAGGACUAUGUGGAGGGGAAGGAGGAGCACUCCGCCCGGGCAGUGCGCACCGCGGCCCGGAUCGUAACAAGGCUACUGUGGCUGAAAUUGCUCUGUGCCCAGUGCGUCCUGGGCCGUCACUGCAGAGUCAGUCAGUGUUUGUCUGGGUCUGGCACCUCACGGGAGAAAACCCAUGUUUGAAAUAGGAAAGCGGUGAUGGUAAAACUACAGAAAUGAGCAAGUGAAACUGUUAACUCACAUUUUAAAGUUGAUGGGGUUUCAAACUGACAGCGCCUCUCCCAGUUCCAGCCUCCUAUUUAUCCACAUCAGCGGAUCAGCUAAAUAUUUAAUCUUUUGGCUGUCUGAACGUAACUGCAUAGAGAUUGUUGCUAAACUGAUUGCUGAAAAGCAGCUGGAUGUAGUGCAUACGCUUGAUGGAAAGGAGUAUAUCACUCCAGCACAGAUUAGCAGAGAAAUUCAGGAUGAGCUUCAUGUUUGUGGUGGUCGAAUAAACAUUGUUGACUUACAACAGAUAAUAAAUGUAGACCUGGUCCAUAUUGAAAGCCGAGCUAAUGACAUUUUUAAAUCCGACAGAACUAUUCAGCUGGUGCUGGGACAGUUUAUAAAUGAGAGUUACCUAGACCAAUUAGCAGAAGAAAUAAACGAUAAACUACAGGAAACUGGUCAGGUGACAAUAUCUGAACUCUGCAAGGCAUACGACCUUCCAGGAGACUUCUUGAUACAGGCAUUGUCCCCCCGUCUGGGUAGGAUUAUCCGCGGCCAGAUAGAUCAGGACAACAAAGGAGUGAUUUUUACAGAGGCAUUUGUAGCCCGGCAUCAGGCACGCAUUCGUGGUCUGUUCAGUGCCAUUACUAGGCCUACUCCUGUAACUAACUUGAUCACUCGGUAUGGAUUUCAGGAACAACUGCUUUACUCUGUGUUAGAAGAACUUGUUAACUCUGGACGUCUAAAAGGCACAGUGGUUGGUGGGAGACAGGAUAAGGCUGUGUUUGUUCCAGACAUCUAUGCCAGAACACAGAGCAACUGGGUGGACUCCUUUUUCAAGCAAAAUGGUUACCUAGAAUUUGAUGCAUUGUCCAGACUUGGCAUCCCAGACCCUGUGAACUACAUAAAGAAAAGAUACAAGUCCAUAAACCUCUUAUUUCUGAAAGCAGCCUGUGUUGGUCAGGAAAUUGUUGAUCAGGUGGAGGCUUCAGUAGAUGAAGCCAUCAGCUCUGGAAUGUGGGUGGAUAUAGCGACUCUUCUGCCCAGUUCAUUAUCCAUAGAAGAUUCUGGAAUUUUGCUUCAGCAAGUGAUGAGAUCUUUCAACAAACAUUUGCCAACUAUAAUCUUCAGUGAUACUAUUGUAGUCAGUGAGAAAUUUAUAAACAGUUGUACUGAUCUGUUCAGGGAGUUGAUGCACCACAAAGCCGAAAAGGAAAUGAAAAAUAACCCUGUUAAUUUAGUCACCGAAGAGGACCUGAAAGAGGCUUCUAUUUUAGAAAAUUCAUCUGCUAACAAAAAAGACAGAAAGGAUGAAAGAAGGAAAAAAGCAACAGAGGGCAGUGGAAGUGUGAGAGGAGGAGGUGGUGGAAAUGCCAGAGAGAUCAGGAUUAAGAAAACCAAGAAGAAAGGAAGAAAGGAUGCGGAGAGUGAUGAGGAAUCACAAGCAAGUAGCACAAGUAGGAAUAAGCAUCUGGAGAUUCCUUUCAUGUCACGGGAAGAGAUUCAAGACGUUUUAAGGAACCAUAUACAGGACUGCCCCGAAGAGCUUAUUACAGAACUUGCUGAACAUUUAAUACGGUCCCUAACAAAGAGCUACCAGGAAGUGGUACGUUCAGUAUUCGUGUCUUCAACCUCUUCUUUGUCUGGAGCUAGCAGGAGGCGGACCAUCAAGGAUUUGCAGGAAGAGGUUUCAAACUUGUACAAUAAUAUCCGAUUAUUUGAAAAGGGAACAAAGCAUUUUACAGAUGAGACACAAACUAAUCUCGCCAAACACAUGCUGAAAACAAUUUGUACAGACAUCACAAAUCUUAUUUUCAACUUCCUUGCUACCGAUUUAAUGAUGGCAUCAGAAGAUUGUACUGCAAUUACAAGUGAGGUCAGGAAAAAGAUUUUAGGUAAAUUACCCGAAGAGACCAGAGGUCCUCUAACUAAGCUACAUACUUCUCUGAAUGGCAAGAGUUUAGAAGACUUUCUUUUGUGCCUUGAUUCUUCAGCAGAUGCUUGUGAUAUUAUGGUGAAAAAAGGGGACAAAAAGAAGGAAAGGCAAAUUCUGUUUCAGCAUAGACAGGCUCUGAUUGAACAACUGAAAGUCACAGAAGAUCCAGCUCUUGUUUUACACCUGACAUCGAUCCUGUUGUUUCAGUUUUCAACCCAGUGCAUGCUUCAUGCACCAGGAAGAUGUGUACCACAAAUCAUAUCUUUCCUAACUACUAAGAUCCCAGAGGAUCAACAUUCUCUUCUGGUCAAAUAUCAGGGAUUAGUAGUGAAACAAUUGAUCAGUCAGAAUUAUAAGAUUGGACAAGGGGAUGAUGACACAGUGGAUGAUAACCUAGGGGAGAGAGAAUGUCCAGAUGCUGUUCGAAAAGAACUCCAAGAAAUCAGCGCCUCUCUCAAAGAUCUUGUUCUCAGACCCCGAAAAUCUUCUGUAACAGAGGAGUGAAGGUCUAAUUAAAUUUAAUACAGCGAACAGUCAGAAUAUUUUUUUCUGAAAGGAGAAAGAAGUUCACUGUGUUGGGGUAGUGAAGAAUGGUUGAGAUAGUCUUGGCUUCUGAAAUUUUGCAUAUAGAAUUGAAGCCUGAAGGAUAACAGGCAGUGGUGGAACUGAAUUUUGAUUUUCAUUCUUUAUAUAUUACCACAUUGCAUGCAUUAUUACAUAAAACAUUAAUAGGAACACUUA